AAAGUAGCAAACAAACAAAUGACCGUGCUAAAACUAGUAAACAAAUAUUAUCCAUAAAGUUUUACUUGAUCUCGACCAUGAGGAUCCUCAUUUCAUGUUCCAGCCAUUCCACUUGGAUUAUCGUCUCUCGUCGUCGUGUUUGGAUCUGUGUUCGUGUUGUCGUCUCCGUGUGAGUGUUUGGUUCGUUCCUGGUUUCAUCCAUUGGCCAUCAUCACACUCUUCACUGACUUCACGCCUCAACACUCUUCACGCCACCGUAGACCUUCGACCACCAUUGCCAACAUCCUGGACUCAGUCACUUGCUCUAUGUGUUUCCCUGCAUUUACCAUCAUUUAUAAUAAAUCUGUUUUGAUCGCCUGCGCUUGCUUCCUCCACUUUAUUGUGUCGUUACAGAAGGAUCUGACCAUCAUGGAAGCAGCAGGCGAUCGCUCCCCAUCUCAUCUGGAGGAGUUUUUACAACGUGCCGUGGGUCGAAUGGAUCGUCAGGACAAGGCGAUAGAUGAGAUGGGUCGAGCUUUCCAAGCAAUGGUGACGAAGGUUUCCGAGCUCGCUCUCCAGGCCCAACAACUUCAUCCACCGCCACCCACUGCGCCCCCCACGCCACCCACACCGCCGAUCGCCACCGGGGGUUUUCCCCAGUCCGAGCCACGCCUUCCCAUUCCAGAGAAAUAUGCGGGUGAGCCAAAGUUUUGUCGAUCAUUUCUCUCUCAUUGUUCUCUGCACUUCACCUUGCAGCCCCGCACGUUCACCACCGAAGAGAUGAAGGUGGCGUUCGUACUCGCUCUACUCACAGGGAAGGCUGCCCUCUGGGGGACGGCGGUGUGGGAGAACCAAGACCGCUGCUGUGCUUCGUUCCACGCCCUUUCGGAGGAGAUGAAACGGGUCUUCGACCGCUCCGUCGCCGGGAGGGAGGCGGCCAGACUUCUAGCGGACCUACGGCAGGAGGAUAGGUCCGUAUCAGACUACUCGAUCGAGUUCCGCACCCUGGCGGCGGAGUGUAAGUGGAACGAAGAGGCGCAGUGGGAUCAUUUCCUGCAUGGGUUGGCUGACCGCAUCCAACAGGAGAUUCGCGCUGUUGAACUCCCCUCUUCACUCAAUGGAUUAAUCGACCUCACUAUCAGGAUAGACAACCGACUCGACCAAGCAGCCAGACGGAAGGGGGGGACCACCUGCACAUCCAGUUCAGAGGAUCAGCACCGACGGUCAGAGGUUGCGGUCAGCCCACCUGAAGAUCCGGAACCCAUGCAGGUGGGGCGAGCUCGGCUCUCCCGGGAGGAGAGGAUCAGGCGGAGAUCCCUUGGACUGUGUUUAUACUGUGGCAGCCCAGAACAUCACAUCCAGCGCUGCCCAGUAAAAGUAUCAAGCCCCAUAGUAAAUCUGAGGCUACUAUCGGGUGGGAUCUCUGCCAGGAAGACCUCAUCUACAUCGACACUCCUUCCGGUGAGACUACGGUGGUCCACCCACACACUGGAUCAGCACGCUUUGGUGGAUUCUGGGGCCGAGGGUAGUUUCAUGGACAUCAAAUUUGCACGCAAGAUCAAGAUUCCUCUCACCUCCCUCAAACACCCCAUUGCACCUUUUGCACUUGACGGACACAAGUUACCUGUCAUCACUCAGACCACCAUCCCUGUUUCACUCAUCACAUCUGGCAAUCAUAGGGAGAAGAUUUCAUUCCUCAUCACAGACUCACCUCAAACUCCCAUUGUUCUCGGUCACACUUGGCUCCAUAAACACAACCCCAGGAUUGAUUGGCGUCUCGGAUCUGUGGUUAGCUGGAGCGAGGAGUGUCAUUUGUCUUGUCUUUUGUCUGCUGGUGUUAAUGUUUCUGAGUCUGUGUUUCAGGGGGAAGCAGUGGAUUUGACUAACGUGCCCGGGGAGUACCACGACCUGAAGGAGGUGUUCAGUAAGUCCCGGGCUGAUUCUCUUCCUCCUCAUCGUCCCUAUGACUGUGCGAUAGAGUUAUUGCCAGGUACCUCUCCGCCUAAGGGCAAGUUAUAUUCCUUGUCUAUUCCAGAGACGGCGGCCAUGGAGAAAUAUAUAUCCAGUUCUCUAGCAACGGGGUUCAUUCGCCCUUCCUCUUCUCCAGCGGGGGCGGGGUUCUUUUUUGUGGGAAAGAAGGACGGAUCCUUGCGACCUUGUAUUGACUACCGAGGGUUGAACAACAUAACGGUAAAGAAUACUUAUCCUUUGCCGCUUAUGUCUUCAGCCUUUGAGAGGUUGCAGGGAGCGUCCGUUUUCACUAAAUUGGACUUACGUAACGCUUAUCAUUUGGUCCGAAUUAGGGAGGGGGACGAAUGGAAGACUGCUUUUAACACCCCUCGUGGCCAUUUUGAGUACUGCGUGAUGCCUUUCGGGCUAUCCAACUCGCCGGCAGUCUUCCAAGCACUCGUUAAUGACGUGUUGCGAGACAUGGUCGAUCAGUUCAUAUAUGUCUACCUGGAUGACAUAUUGAUUUUUUCUUCGUCUCUCCAGGAACAUGUGCAACAUGUACGACGAGUGCUUCUGCGGUUGCUAGAGAAUGGAUUGUUUGUCAAGGCGGAGAAAUGCGUUUUUCAUGCACAGUCUGUUUCUUUUCUAGGACACAUCAUUUCGACUGAGGGUGUUCGCAUGGAUCCUGAGAAGGUUAAGGCUGUGGUAGAUUGGCCAUCCCCAGAGUCUCGCAAGGCCCUGCAGAGAUUUAUGGGGUUCGCCAAUUUUUAUCGGCGUUUCAUUCGCAAUUUCAGCCAACUAGCCGCGCCUCUGACCGCUUUGACCUCUCCUAGUUUGACGUUCAGGUGGUCAGACGCAGCUGAGGCUGCGUUUGCCAAACUGAAAAGCUGCUUUGUUUCAGCUCCUAUUCUCGUCACCCCUGAGCGCUCAUGUCAAUUCAUAGUGGAGGUCGACGCGUCAGAGGUGGGGGUAGGAGCAGUGUUAUCCCAGCGCGCAUCCUCAGACGGAAAGGUUCAUCCUUGCGCGUAUUAUUCUCAUCGUUUAUCUCCUGCGGAAGUUAAUUAUGACAUUGGCAAUCGGGAGUUGUUGGCCGUCAAAUUGGCACUGGAAGAAUGGCGUCACUGGCUUGAGGGGUCGGGUGUACCUUUCAUUGUAUGGACGGACCAUAAGAAUCUCGAAUACAUUAGAACUGCCAAAAGACUUAACUCCAGGCAGGCUCGGUGGGCAUUGUUUUUCGGUCGUUUCGAUUUUACACUUUCUUACCGGCCGGGUUCCAAAAACAUCAAACCCGAUGCUUUAUCCCGUCUUUUUGAGCGUUCCGAUCGUACUGCUACUCCCGAGCCCAUUUUACCGGAGACCAUCAUUAUCUCCGCGCUCAGAUGGGAGGUCGAAUCGAAGGUAUUGACUGCCUUAGAAGGGGUAACGCCCCCGGCUCGUUGCCCACCAAACCGUUUAUUUGUGCCUGAGGGGUUACGGUCAGACGUUCUCCAGUGGGGUCAUUGUUCCAGUGUUGCUUGUCACCCAGGGGUUAGUAGAACUAGAUUUCUAGUCAAGCAACGAUUUUGGUGGCCUGGUAUGGCUCGUGAUGUCCACGACUUCGUCUUGGCUUGCUCGGUUUGUGCUGUUGGUAAGACUUCCAAUCGACCUCCAGAUGGGUUACUCUUACCGCUGUCUGUCCCUUCGAGACCCUGGUCCCACAUCUCGCUAGAUUUCAUUACCGCCCUCCCACCCUCUAAGGGUAAUACGGUGAUUUUAACCGUAGUGGACCGGUUCUCGAAGGCGGCUCAUUUCAUCCCCUUGCCCAAAUUGCCAUCAGCCAAGGAAACAGCGGUAAUUGUCAUUGACCACGUCUUCCGUAUACAUGGCCUUCCGACAGACGUGGUUUCUGACAGGGGUCCCCAAUUUGUGUCCAAAUUUUGGCGAGAGUUUUGUAAAUUGUUAGGGGCGACUGUUAGUCUUUCAUCCGGGUUCCAUCCCCAGAGCAAUGGUCAAACCGAGCGAGCCAAUCAGGAUGUCGAAAGGGCUUUGCGGUGUUUGGCUUCCAACAAUCCUUCGUCCUGGUGUCAACAACUCUCAAUUGUGGAGUACGCACACAAUUCUCUGCCAGUGUCAUCUACGGGCAUGUCUCCAUUUAAGUGUAGUUUAGGGUACCAACCACCUAAUUUUGUCAGUACUGAAUCCGAGGUGUCGGUCCCCUCCGCAAACGCACUAGUCCAGAGGUGUCACCGCACCUGGACCAGAGCUCGCAGAGCUCUGCUCCAGGCAAGGUCGCGCACCAAGGCUAAGGCCGAUCGCCACCGGUCGAAGCCUCCCCGAUACGUCGUCGGUCAAAGAGUGUGGCUUUCAACCCAGAACAUUCCGAUGCGUUCCGUUUCGAAUAAGCUUGCUCCCAAAUUUAUUGGCCCGUUUUCUGUUACCAAAAUCAUUAAUCCGGUAACAGUGCGUCUUAGCCUUCCACCGGUGUACAGGAGGGUUCAUCCCGUGUUUCAUGUGUCCAAAAUUAAACCGGUGAUUUUUUCUCGUCUUAAUCCGCCUGCCCCGGUUCCCCCCCCCCCCCGCCUCGUAUCGUUAAUGGGGAGACCACAUAUUUGGUUAAUCGUAUUCUGGACUCCAGACGGAGGGGACGCGGGUUUCAGUACUUGGUGGAUUGGGAAGGUUACGGUCCGGAGGAGAGAAGGUGGGUUCCUGCUGGACAUCAAAUUUGCACGCAAGAUCAAGAUUCCUCUCACCUCCCUCAAACACCCCAUUGCACCUUUUGCACUUGACGGACACAAGUUACCUGUCAUCACUCAGACCACCAUCCCUGUUUCACUCAUCACAUCUGGCAAUCAUAGGGAGAAGAUUUCAUUCCUCAUCACAGACUCACCUCAGACUCCCAUUGUUCUCGGUCACACUUGGCUCCAUAAACACAACCCCAGGAUUGAUUGGCGUCUCGGAUCUGUGGUUAGCUGGAGCGAGGAGUGUCAUUUGUCUUGUCUUUUGUCUGCUGGUGUUAAUGUUUCUGAGUCUGUGUUUCAGGGGGAAGCAGUGGAUUUGACUAACGUGCCCGGGGAGUACCACGACCUGAAGGAGGUGUUCAGUAAGUCCCGGGCUGAUUCUCUUCCUCCUCAUCGUCCCUAUGACUGUGCGAUAGAGUUAUUGCCAGGUACCUCUCCGCCUAAGGGCAAGUUAUAUUCCUUGUCUAUUCCAGAGACGGCGGCCAUGGAGAAAUAUAUAUCCAGUUCUCUAGCAACGGGGUUCAUUCGCCCUUCCUCUUCUCCAGCGGGGGCGGGGUUCUUUUUUGUGGGAAAGAAGGACGGAUCCUUGCGACCUUGUAUUGACUACCGAGGGUUGAACAACAUAACGGUAAAGAAUACUUAUCCUUUGCCGCUUAUGUCUUCAGCCUUUGAGAGGUUGCAGGGAGCGUCCGUUUUCACUAAAUUGGACUUACGUAACGCUUAUCAUUUGGUCCGAAUUAGGGAGGGGGACGAAUGGAAGACUGCUUUUAACACCCCUCGUGGCCAUUUUGAGUACUGCGUGAUGCCUUUCGGGCUAUCCAACUCGCCGGCAGUCUUCCAAGCACUCGUUAAUGACGUGUUGCGAGACAUGGUCGAUCAGUUCAUAUAUGUCUACCUGGAUGACAUAUUGAUUUUUUCUUCGUCUCUCCAGGAACAUGUGCAACAUGUACGACGAGUGCUUCUGCGGUUGCUAGAGAAUGGAUUGUUUGUCAAGGCGGAGAAAUGCGUUUUUCAUGCACAGUCUGUUUCUUUUCUAGGACACAUCAUUUCGACUGAGGGUGUUCGCAUGGAUCCUGAGAAGGUUAAGGCUGUGGUAGAUUGGCCAUCCCCAGAGUCUCGCAAGGCCCUGCAGAGAUUUCUGGGGUUCGCCAAUUUUUAUCGGCGUUUCAUUCGCAAUUUCAGCCAACUAGCCGCGCCUCUGACCGCUUUGACCUCUCCUAGUUUGACGUUCAGGUGGUCAGACGCAGCUGAGGCUGCGUUUGCCAAACUGAAAAGCUGCUUUGUUUCAGCUCCUAUUCUCGUCACCCCUGAGCGCUCAUGUCAAUUCAUAGUGGAGGUCGACGCGUCAGAGGUGGGGGUAGGAGCAGUGUUAUCCCAGCGCGCAUCCUCAGACGGAAAGGUUCAUCCUUGCGCGUAUUAUUCUCAUCGUUUAUCUCCUGCGGAAGUUAAUUAUGACAUUGGCAAUCGGGAGUUGUUGGCCGUCAAAUUGGCACUGGAAGAAUGGCGUCACUGGCUUGAGGGGUCGGGUGUACCUUUCAUUGUAUGGACGGACCAUAAGAAUCUCGAAUACAUUAGAACUGCCAAAAGACUUAACUCCAGGCAGGCUCGGUGGGCAUUGUUUUUCGGUCGUUUCGAUUUUACACUUUCUUACCGGCCGGGUUCCAAAAACAUCAAACCCGAUGCUUUAUCCCGUCUUUUUGAGCGUUCCGAUCGUACUGCUACUCCCGAGCCCAUUUUACCGGAGACCAUCAUUAUCUCCGCGCUCAGAUGGGAGGUCGAAUCGAAGGUAUUGACUGCCUUAGAAGGGGUAACGCCCCCGGCUCGUUGCCCACCAAACCGUUUAUUUGUGCCUGAGGGGUUACGGUCAGACGUUCUCCAGUGGGGUCAUUGUUCCAGUGUUGCUUGUCACCCAGGGGUUAGUAGAACUAGAUUUCUAGUCAAGCAACGAUUUUGGUGGCCUGGUAUGGCUCGUGAUGUCCACGACUUCGUCUUGGCUUGCUCGGUUUGUGCUGUUGGUAAGACUUCCAAUCGACCUCCAGAUGGGUUACUCUUACCGCUGUCUGUCCCUUCGAGACCCUGGUCCCACAUCUCGCUAGAUUUCAUUACCGCCCUCCCACCCUCUAAGGGUAAUACGGUGAUUUUAACCGUAGUGGACCGGUUCUCGAAGGCGGCUCAUUUCAUCCCCUUGCCCAAAUUGCCAUCAGCCAAGGAAACAGCGGUAAUUGUCAUUGACCACGUCUUCCGUAUACAUGGCCUUCCGACAGACGUGGUUUCUGACAGGGGUCCCCAAUUUGUGUCCAAAUUUUGGCGAGAGUUUUGUAAAUUGUUAGGGGCGACUGUUAGUCUUUCAUCCGGGUUCCAUCCCCAGAGCAAUGGUCAAACCGAGCGAGCCAAUCAGGAUGUCGAAAGGGCUUUGCGGUGUUUGGCUUCCAACAAUCCUUCGUCCUGGUGUCAACAACUCUCAAUUGUGGAGUACGCACACAAUUCUCUGCCAGUGUCAUCUACGGGCAUGUCUCCAUUUAAGUGUAGUUUAGGGUACCAACCACCUAAUUUUGUCAGUACUGAAUCCGAGGUGUCGGUCCCCUCCGCAAACGCACUAGUCCAGAGGUGUCACCGCACCUGGACCAGAGCUCGCAGAGCUCUGCUCCAGGCAAGGUCGCGCACCAAGGCUAAGGCCGAUCGCCACCGGUCGAAGCCUCCCCGAUACGUCGUCGGUCAAAGAGUGUGGCUUUCAACCCAGAACAUUCCGAUGCGUUCCGUUUCGAAUAAGCUUGCUCCCAAAUUUAUUGGCCCGUUUUCUGUUACCAAAAUCAUUAAUCCGGUAACAGUGCGUCUUAGCCUUCCACCGGUGUACAGGAGGGUUCAUCCCGUGUUUCAUGUGUCCAAAAUUAAACCGGUGAUUUUUUCUCGUCUUAAUCCGCCUGCCCCGGUUCCCCCCCCCCGCCUCGUAUCGUUAAUGGGGAGACCACAUAUUUGGUUAAUCGUAUUCUGGACUCCAGACGGAGGGGACGCGGGUUUCAGUACUUGGUGGAUUGGGAAGGUUACGGUCCGGAGGAGAGAAGGUGGGUUCCUGCUCGGGACAUACUGGAUCACCGCCUUAUUGAUGAUUACAAUCUACAGGUAAAGCAGGCUGGGAACGCCAAGGGGCGUUCCUAGGGGAGGGGGUACUGUCA